AUGACCGACACGGAUGAAGCCACGAAGAAGCGGGUGAUAUAUGUGUCGUCCCGGAAGAGUGACCUUGCGCUCUACCAGACGCGCGAAGUCAUCUCGAUGCUCCAGGAGCAUCACCCGGACAUCCGCUUCGAAAUUGGACUCCAAGACACUUUCGGCGACUCGGUCUUGGACAAGCACUUGACGCAAUUGGGUGGGGUGGGCGUUUUCACCAAGAGCUUGGAGGACGAAUUGCUUGCUGGACGUAGCAGCUUCGCCGUGCAUUCGUUGAAAGACAUGCCGACGCAGCUCCCACCAGGGCUUGUCCUUGGCGCCAUCUGUAAGCGAGAAAGCCCCGAAGAUGCUGUGAUCAUCCACCCCAAGCAUAAAGCCGAGGGUCGGUUAACAUUGCGACAACUCCCUGAAGGCAGCAUCAUCGGCACGAGUUCUCUUCGCCGUGAAGCAUUGCUCCUCAAGUUGUACCCUCAUGUGACCAUCAAGACCAUUCGCGGCAACAUUCAAACGCGGUUGGCAAAGUUGGAUGACCACGACGACUACGACGCCAUCAUCGUGGCGGCCGCGGGAUUCCGUCGCGGGGGUCUGGGCAAGCGGAUCGACCAAUUACUCGACCCAGAAGUGUUUGGGUAUGGCGUGGGCCAAGGCAGCAUUGGCAUCGAGUGCAGAGGCGACGACGAAGAGAUUCUGACCAUGUUGGCCCAGAUUGCGCACGAAGAGUCGUCGCAAUGCUGCAAAGCAGAGCGCAGUCUCCUGCGGUCCAUCGAGGGCGGGUGCCAGAUCUCCAUGGGCGUCAACACCACCUUGGAUGACGACACGAUCAAAUUGACGGCCACGCUCCUCUCUCGUGACGGCCAGAUCAGCAUCACCGAAUCGACGCGCGGGUCGCGCUUCGACGCGGAACUGCUGGGGGAAAACUUGGCUCGCGAGUUCCUCAAGAACCCCCACGCCCGCCCGCUCCUGGGACCGGCGGGGCAGAAGCGCGCGCUCACGUACGGGUACAUGGAAGCGCCAGGCGAUGCCGCGGCGGCGGCGGCGGCGAAAGACCAAGAAGAAAAUGGUUCUCCCAAGAAGGCUUGCAUUCGCGACGAUUGA